AUAAAGUAUCACUUUUGUUGUUCCAAUUCAUUUCAAUUUAACUUUGCCUUCUACAUUUCGCUGUGAGAAGAAGAACCAAAAAAAACGAAAAUGGCCAGCCGAAAAGCUCUGAUUAACGUCCACCGGAUUAUCCGCUCCACCGCGGUGACUAGCCGGAACUCCGUAACUCCUGCCGCCGCAACACGAACACAUCCUAUUUUCCGGAACAGAGUUGAUUUGGGGAUGAGAUUCUUCUCCGGGAACACCGCGAGUCCCCAGAAUUUUCAUAUCGAUCUCUCUAACGAAGAGAAUAAGAGGAUAACGAUCAACAGAUUGUUGUAUAGGAGCAAGCAACGAGGGUUUCUCGAACUUGAUCUAGUUCUGGGAAAUUGGGUUGAAGAGAAUGUCAAUUCCAUGGACGAAAACGCUGUCAAAUCCCUAAUUGAUGUCCUGGGUUUGGAAAACCCUGAUCUCUGGAAAUGGCUAACUGGUCAGGAACAGCCUCCAGAGGCAGUGAGCUCAAAUCCGGUAUUCAUGGCGUUGCACGAGAAAGUCAUGAAGAAUCUGAACAAGCAUGCAGCACCAGAGACGCGUGCAGCAGCUGGAGAGCCCUGGGUCAGAGGCUGGGACGAUUUCAAGAAAGGCCGUGACGCUCCCAUUUCAGGAAACCAGUAAAAACACACACUUCUAUGUACUAAAGUAACAAAACCUCAAUCAAAUACGUUCAUGUAAAAGUAUCUUAAAUAGAUACUGAAGCAAAUAUUACCUUUUACUGUUAUUGUAUGAAUAAAAAGAGCCAGGUCGUGGAGGUGGGAGGUAUAAUGUGUUUCUGUAGUGACGAUGAGGCAAUUACAUUGAUCUGUCUUAUUUGUUGAAGUUCUUGAUACUAAUAUAAAAGUGUCAAUGGAUUGUAGUUUGAUUCUAUGAAUAAAUAAUGUGCCGAGUCUGUAAUGGAGAUCUUUGAACCAAUUUAUGGGCUUUAGUUAGGUAUUGAUACACUGUGAAUCUAUCAAAGCUUCGGGACAAAUUUGAUAAA